UUCUCGUCAUUAUUCGUGUCUGGUUUCUCCCGCGACCGCGUGCGCAGACCGGUUGCGCACCAGGCGUGUGCGUUGUCCAGAUUCUUUGUUGGAUUCCAUACAUACCAAAAACAGAGUGGUGACUCUCGCUCGUAUUUACCAGGGGGGGCCACGGAAUAAUAACGUGUGAAUUUUCGCGAAAACACCCGUGUGCCACCGCGUAGAAACACGUCAACUCGCCCUGUGGUGCACCGACGUUGCCGUCAUCCUGACCUGCCAGAAAAAUCCUCAUGAAAGACUGGGAACUCAGUACUCAAAAUAGCAUCGGCAGUGCGGUGGCUGCAGCCGACACCAUUUCCUCGCCGUGGACCCCUGCGAGUUCCGGGCCGCCGCCCGACGCCAACGGCUCCGGCUCGGAUACGAAAAACCUGGACGUCGGGGAGAUCAGUGAUGAUGAGAAGGACCUGUCGGCGGCGGACGCGGAGGGAGUAUGGUCACCGGAUAUCGAGCAGAGCUUCCAGGAAGCUCUCACCAUAUAUCCGCCAUGCGGUCGACGCAAAAUUAUCCUCUCAGACGAGGGCAAGAUGUACGGUCGCAAUGAGUUGAUCGCACGUUACAUCAAACUAAGGACCGGUAAGACGAGAACGCGAAAGCAAGUCUCGUCUCACAUACAGGUCCUUGCUAGGAGGAAACUUCGAGAAAUCCAGGCUAAACUCAAAGUGGAUCAUAGCGCGAAGGAGAAGGCGUUGCAGACAAUGUCAAACAUGUCGAGUGCCCAGAUAGUAUCGGCAGGCAGUGCGAUACACAACAAGAUGCCCCCCGCCCUUGUGGGGCCCCUUGCCCUUCACGCUUCCACUCCCGUCUCCUAUCCCGGAGCGCAAUUUUGGCAACCGGGUUUGCAGCCAGGAACGUCCCAAGAUGUCAAACCAUUUCCGCAACCGGCGUACACUGGGAAACCAGCGACGGCGGUCACAGGCGGCGACAUGGUGCAAGCACAACCACCACCACCGUGGGAGGGACGCGCCAUUGCUACUCACAAAUUAAGACUCGUCGAAUUUUCGGCCUUCAUGGAACAGCCCAGAGAUCAAGACAUGUACCAUAAGCACCUGUUCGUCCACAUAGGGGGUUCGGCGACGUACGCGGAUCCUCUCCUGGAAGCUGUGGACGUGAGGCAGAUAUACGACAAGUUCCCGGAGAAGAAAGGCGGCCUCAAGGAAUUGUAUGACAAAGGACCUCAGGCGGCUUUCUUCCUCGUCAAGUUCUGGGCGGAUCUCAACACCAACAUUCAGGACGAAGCGGGAGCUUUCUAUGGAGUGACGAGCCAAUACGAGAGCAACGAGAACAUGACGAUAACGUGUUCGACGAAGGUUUGCUCGUUUGGCAAGCAAGUGGUAGAGAAGGUGGAAACCGAGUACGCCAGGUUUGAGAAUGGAAGGUUCGUUUAUCGCAUCACCCGCUCUCCCAUGUGCGAGUAUAUGAUCAACUUUAUUCACAAACUGAAGCACCUACCUGAAAAAUACAUGAUGAACAGCGUUCUUGAGAACUUCACCAUCCUCCAGGUUGUGACAAACAGAGACACGCAAGAAACGUUACUCUGCACAGCGUACGUCUUCGAAGUCUCGACGUCCGAACACGGUGCUCAGCAUCACAUAUACAGACUAGUCAAAGACUAGCCUGUUUAAUAUGCUCGUCAUGCAGCCAUCCACCCCCAUCAGUGCCUACCACCACAAAAAAAACAAAAACAAACAAACAAAAAAAUCAUUUCAUAUAACAAGCAUUCAAACACAUCCACAAUUUAUAUAUAUAUAUAAAAAAAUACACAAACAAAACACACAAUUUUAAUAGCGACUCCAAGAGCUCGCCAUGAACAAGAAUAUAAACGUGCGAUUAACACGUCGAUUGACGCACGAGCUUUGCUUUUUUGCAUACUCGUUGUUCUCUGAGUGUUUUCCCAUGGCGAUUUUUAGAAGAAGAACAAGAAGAAAAAAGAAACAGAAAUCCCUCCCUAUACUCUCUCUCUCCAUCACAGAAAAAAAAAUCGGUGACCGUGCACCUUUAUUUUUCUUUUUAAAAUUGAAAAAAAAAUUAAAUCUAAAUUCGGAAUUUAGAGAAAAUUCUAUUUUGCGAAAACAGUGCAAUUUUUAAAACUAGAAAGGAAACGAUUUUUCAUUUCCAAAAACACUGGAUUUUCUUUCUUUUCAAUAUUCUUCGAAUGCAAUUUUUUUUUACUUUUAUAUUUUUUUUUCUACAUUCUUUUUUUUAUGUAACUCUUUAGUUACAUAAAUAGUUCUUCGAAAAUUCGCCCUAAAUACAAAGUGCA